AUGGGUAUCUUCGAUCAAGUUAAGGACAAGCUCUCCGACGAGCAAUUCAGAGGUGAUCUCACCGACAAGGCCAAGAGUGCCUACAACAGCUACAAGAACAAGAACAGUGGUAGCAAUGACAAUGACGAUUCCUACGGAUCUAACAACAACGAUUCGUAUGGUUCUUCUGGCAGAGACAACAACGACUCCUAUGGCUCUAGCAACAAGAACGACUCUUAUGGCUCUUCCAACAACGAUUCGUAUGGGUCUUCUGGCAGAGAUAACCAGGACUCCUACGGUUCUUCUGGAAGAAACCAGGACUCAUACGGUUCCGGUAACAACGACUCCUACGGUUCCUCCAACAACGACUCUUACGGCUCUUCCGGCAGAGGCAACCAGGAUUCUUACGGUUCCUCCAACAAUGACUCUUACGGUUCCUCCGGCAGAGGAAACCAGGAUUCUUACGGUUCCGGUAACAACGACUCCUACGGUUCCUCCAACAACGACUCUUACGGCUCUUCCGGCAGAGGCAACCAGGAUUCUUACGGUUCUAGCAAUAAUGAUUCGUAUGGCUCUUCUGGCAGAGACAACAACGACUCUUAUGGUUCGUCUGGCAGAGAUAACCAGGGAUCGUACGGAGACUCCAACGAUUCCUACGGCAACCAGGGCGGCCGUGGUGGCGACUACCAAUCGAACGACUAUUAG